AUGCUCCUGGCCUCCCUCUUCUCCCGAAACCCCAGCCUCCGCCUCCUCCCCUUCGCCGUCCGCGCCGCCCGCGCCGCAAUGUCGGCCGACUCCGCCCCCAGGGCGGCCGUCACCGUCGAGUACGCCAAGUCCGCGCGCUCCGCCUGCAAGGGCUGCGGCGCCGCCAUCGCCAAGGGCGCGCUCCGCCUCGGCGCCCACGCCCGCGACCCCCGCGCCGGCUACGACACCACCAAGUGGUUCCACGUCGCCUGCUUCCCCGCCGCCUCGCACCCGCUCGGCCCCCUCGACAAGCUCCCGGGCUUCCUUUGGAUUAAGGAGAGCGAGCGUGACGAGCUACGGGCGCUUGCGGAGAACAACGCGAGCGACGGGACCGAACUCGGUGCAUCGGAAGAACCGAGCGCGAAGAAAGCAAAGGCAGAUCCAUCUUCGCCCAAAUCAGCAGUAGCAGAAAAGGGAGCCGUCUCUGUUGAGUACGCCAAGUCUGCCCGCUCCACCUGCAAGGGCUGCAACGCGAGCAUCGCGAAGGGCGCGCUUCGCCUCGGCGUGGCAGCCCACGAUCCCCGUGGCUGGGACAGCACCAAGUGGUACCACGUCGCCUGCUUCCCCGCCUCGUCGCACCCGCUGGGCCCUGUUGAGAAGCUCAACGGGUUCGACUCCAUUAAGGACGAGGAUCGCGUGGAGUUACAGGAGCUAGAGAAGAAUAAUAAGAGAGACCAGGCUGCAGUCGGUCCACUGGAAGUGCCAAGUCCAAGCAAAGCAAAUCCUGAAGUGGAGGUGGCAGAGAAGAACAAUAAGGGAGACCAGACUGAACUCGGUCCAUCGGAAGAGCCAAGUGCGAAGAAAGCAAAGGCAGAUCUAUCUUCGCCUGAAGCGGUGGUGGCAGAAAAGGGAACUGUCUCUGUUGAAUACGCCAAGUCUGCCCGUUCCACCUGCAAGGGUUGCAACGUAAGCAUCGCGAAGGGCGCACUUCGCCUCGGUGUCUCAGCCCACGACCCCCGUGGCUGGGACAGCACCAAAUGGUACCACGUCGCCUGCUUCCCUACCUCGUCACAUCCGCUGGGUCCUGUUGAGAAGCUCAAUGGGUUUGAAUCCGUUAAGGACGACGAUCGCGUGGAGUUGCAGGAACUAGAGAAGAAUAAUAAGAGAGACCAGGCUGCUGUAACUCCACUGGAAGUGCCAAGUCCAAACAAAGCAAAGCAUGAAGUGGAGGUGGCAGAAAAGUCGUCCCCAGGAAACAAAGGAGUUGGUACAGUAAUACCCUUUUCAGCUUCUCAUGUCAAGAAAGAAUACAAGGACGCCACCCUUCCUGCUCACUGGAAAGCUUUUGAGACAGUUAUUUUCCGUGAGCAGGAUGAUGGCCUUCGUGCUUCAGCUAAGAUUGCUGCUUUCGAUUUCGACGGGUGCCUCGCCAAAACUUCAGUGAAGAUCACUGGUGCAGACAAGUGGUCUUUACAGCAUAAAUCCAUUCCUGACAAGUUGCAAAGCCUGUACAACGAUGGUUACAAGUUGGUCAUAUUCACCAACGAGUCAAACAUUGAGCGCUGGAAGAAUAAGCGGCAGCAAGCUGUUGACUCGAAAGUUGGACGUCUUGAUAAUUUUAUUGAGUGUGUUAAAGUCCCUGUUCAGGUUUUCAUUGCAUGUGGUGUAGGGAAAGGAAAAGGCACACCAGACGAUCGAUUUCGCAAACCAAAUUCGGGAAUGUGGUGGUUGAUGGCAGAGCAUUUCAAUUCUGGAAUUGCCAUCGACAUGGAUCAGUCUUUCUAUGUUGGUGAUGCAGCUGGGAGAGAGAACGAUCAUAGUGACGCAGAUAUAAAAUUUGCUAAGGAUAUCGGUCUGAAGUUUCACGUUCCUGAAGAAUUCUUUGGUCCCUAGGUGUUCAUUGUGAUGGUGAUGGUUUACCAAAUUACCGUAGGCUGAUGUCUCGUGUUUGGAAACUUAAGACUAGCUGUCAGCGAGUUACUUUGACAUGGAAAUCUAGCACAAAGAUUGCUGUUAACUUCCCUUGGCUGUUCCCAAAUGCUGUUUGCGGGAGAUCCUAUCUUAAAAUACUUUGCUGUCAAUCGCGUUUACAUGCACCCACUGUCCUCUGAAUGAGGAAUCCA